AUGAAAAAUAAUAAACUGGGGUUUGGUACUUUAGCUAUCCAUUCAGGAUCUGGUACAGAUCCUCAAACAGGGGCUGUUAUCUCACCUAUUUACUUAUCUACAACAUUUGCUCAAUUAUCCCCAGGAAAUCCAGUUUCGAAAUAUGAAUAUUCACGCUCAGGAAAUCCAACUCGAGAAAAUUUUGAAGAAGCUAUUAAAACACUUGAGAAUGCAAAAUAUGCAUUAGCGUUUUCUUCUGGAUGUGCAGCUUUAAUGACUAUUUUUCAUAUUUUAUCUCCAGGAAGUCAUGCAAUUUCUGCCAUGGAUGUUUAUGGUGGUACACAUCGUUAUCUUACAAAAAUUGCGUCAACAUAUGGUAUAGAAGUCACUUUUGCAGAUUUAAAAGACGAGAAAUCUCUUAAUUUGUAUAUUAGACCAGAAACAAAAUUAUUGUGGAUUGAAACACCAAGUAAUCCAACACUUUCAGUAAUUGAUAUUUUUUUUAUUUCAAAGUUGGCACAUCAACAUAACAUUAUUGUCGUUAUAGAUAAUACAUUUCUUUCGCCUUAUUUAUGCAAUCCUCUGGAUCAUGGUGCAGAUAUUGUGCUACAUUCUGCAACUAAAUAUAUUAAUGGACAUAGCGAUGUAAUUUUAGGAGUUAUUGCUUUGAAUUCCGACGUUUUAUAUACGAAGUUUAAAUUUCUACAGAAUGCUAUUGGAGCUGUUCCAAGUCCUUUUGAUUGUUGGCUUGCACAAAGGGGAUUAAAAACGCUUCAUCUUCGUUAUAAACAAUGUUGCAUCAAUGCUUUAGCAAUUGCUAAAGCUCUGGAAAAACAUGAAUUAGUUAUUCAAGUAUUUUAUCCAGGGCUCGAAUCUUAUCCUCAAAGAAAAAUUGUUGAAAAACAGCAUAGAAAUGGUUUAGGUGGGGGAAUGGUAAGCUUUCGAAUAAAAGGAGGAUCUACAGCAGCUGAAAAAUUUUGUCAAUCUACAAAACUAUUUUGUCUUGCAGAAAGUUUGGGAGCAAUUGAAAGUUUAUGUGAAAUUCCCGCUUUGAUGACUCAUUCUGGGAUAUCAAAAGAAGAAAGAGAAAAAAUAGGCAUAUAUGAUGAUUUAAUUCGUUUAAGUGUUGGAUGUGAAGAAGAAGAAGAUCUUGUUAAUGAUAUAUCACAAGCAUUGGAAAAAUCCUCUAUAUAUAAUAUUUAA